UUAGCGAACCCUCAGUUCCCUUUUAAAGGAUCGCGAGAACACACGAGUGGCGGCAACAACAACAACAACAACAACAGAGAGACAUCAUGGACAUGGACAUGGACCAGGACCAGGACCGGAUCAAGGAGGAGAACCUGGACCCGGACCCAAGCGAUCAGGACUACUUCAAGAUCGUGAUCAAGGAGGAGAACCAGGAAGUCGAUCACACCGGCAUCAAAGAGGAGGACCAGGCCCCGGAGUUCAGCCAUCAGGCCGGGAUCAAAGAGGAGGACCAGGCCCAGGAUCUCACCCAGCAGACCCGGAUCAAAGAGGAGGACCAGGCCCCGGAUCUCACCGACCAGACCGGGAUUCGGGAGGAGGACCCGGAUCUCACCGACCAGACCGGGAUCCGGGAGGAGGACCAGGACCCGGAUCUCACCGACCAGACCGAGGACGAGGAAGAGAACCGGGACCCGGAGCAGCGGAGCAGCGUUGUCCCCGGUGGUCCCGCAGCUCGAAAGCGUUUAAGCGCCAGGGGCGCGAAGCGCAAGACGAGGUGCGGCGGCGACGACAUAGAGUGGCAGAAGCUCGACAUCUUGAAGCAAAUGGCGGCUAGCGUCGAGGCGGCGGACCGGUUCCCCGACGACUUUGCGAUUUUCGGCAACGAGGUCGCGAUGGAGUUGCGGCUGUUAGAAGACCCGUCGAACGUCACCAGGCUCAAACGGGAGAUCCUGAACUUGAUAUACGACGCGCAGGACGCCGAGAGGCGCGAGGCCGGGUUCGGGUGACGUCACCAUCGCCCCCGGGUGGCAGCCUAAGAAACAGAGAUGCGCAGAUAAACAGCGGGGCGCUCGUGACGGAGAGGAGAACCCCCACAGCUGCCACAAGUGCCACCAGACGUUUACGACCGCGAGCAAUUUGAGGAUCCACCAGCACGUUCACACCGGAGAGAAGCG